AUUCCCAGGGGCACGAAGGAGGUGCAUGUCGAGUUGAAAGUAUCUCAGUAGAUUCUUUGCGCUUUCAAUUGGCUUCAGAGGCUCGCUAGAAAUUUCCGACAGAGCCUAAUUAUAGUCGGUGAGCUUUGGUUGCGACUAGUUAUAUUUCAAACCAACUCCAAGCAACAACGUGACUUCGAUGGAGAAGAGUGCGAAGACAAAGACAAAGACAGAACGCAAGGCAGCAGAGGCAGCGGAACUUGAGAGACGCGAGGCUCUCAGAGCUCAAAGAGAGUUCGAAGCUUUUGGAGCGGAACGCGAACGCAGACCAGGAGCUUUGACUGGAUACGAAAUUUGGUGGUGUCAACAAUACCAAUGGCUAAAGGGUAAAGGGUAUUUGCUUCGGCCUCGGUACGCUCCGGAUUGGGUGCCAUCAUGGGAAGCCUUACAGUGCCACCCUUUUACUUGUGAAGAUGGUAACAUCUCCAGAUACUCUCAUAUCAUUGAUGCGACUCGUAUGUCUGAUGGCUCGUACAUUUCUCUCAAAGUGGUCAACAGAUUGGACCAUCCUUAUGAGGUAGUUAUUGGCCAAUAUUUUAUGACGGAGCAUCUUGUCUCCGAUCCUAAGAACCACUGUGUUCCGUUCCUCGACGUACUAUCGGUACCCAACGAGGAUGACAAACAAAUUCUCGUGAUGCCUCUCUUGCUUGAUUUUACGAAACCUCGGUUCGACACCGUUGGCGAGGUGGUAGAAUGCCUGGGACAGAUAUUCGAAGGCUUGUUGUUCAUGCACACUAACCACGUAGCGCAUCGGGACUGCAUGUCAAGAAAUAUCAUGAUGGACGCAAAAGACCUCUACCCUGAACCUUAUCACCCUGUUCAGCCUCACAUGAAGCGCGACUUCAGUGGCUAUGCCAAGCAUUUCACUCGCACGCAACGACCGCCAAAGUACUACCUAAUCGACUUCGGCUUGUCACGCCGGUAUGAUGCUACCGAGGAAAACCCGCUGGAGUACCCCAUUUUCGGGGGCGAUAAAACAGUGCCAGAGUUUCAGAAGAAUCCCAACGUUCCAAUGAAUCCCUUCCCCACCGACAUCUAUUAUCUCGGAAACGUCAUCAGAGAACAGUUCUUUUAUGCUAGAUCGGGGCUUGAGUUCUUGAAGCCUCUCGUUGAUGACAUGGUGCAGGAUGAUCCCAGCGGGAGACCUACCAUGGAAGUGGUAGUUCAACGGUUUGACUCGAUCUGUAAAAAACUCAGCACAUGGAAACUACGUUCUCGUAUCAUUUCUGUGGAUGACGGCCUUCUGGAAAACAUGUAUUAUGGAACCAUACACUGGCGGCGGCGCAUAGGCUUUAUCGUCAGGCGUGUUUCAGCUAUACCUCGCCCUUCCGAUUGAAACAUGCCUCGUGCGA